AUGGAAUUGCAAGCUGUCGAAUUGCUAUAUGGUCUGGGGAGUGGGUACUUUAUCUUCGAUAUUUUUACAACAGUUAAGAGGACAGAGAUCACCAUAAAAGGAACUAGACAGUCUUCUGCGCCAAUCGCGACCGCCACUAUCGUCCCAACGGCGUGGGUUGCUACUUCGACGCCCUCGACGAGGCCGAACAAUGCUCCUAAGGGCAGCCUCGAGGUAUCCCAGGACCGGACGUGCGGCAGCUCAAAGCAACAAACCUGUCUAGGAUCCUUCUGGGGAGACUGUUGUAGCAGAUUUGGAUACUGUGGUCGCGAUAACGAUUACUGCACCGAAGGAUGCCAGCCCGCUUUCGGGACCUGCAAAAAUGCCGUAAAGCAGAGACGGAAUACCACGACAACAGAUGGGUCAUGCGGGACGGGUUCUGGAAUAGAUGCAUCGUGUUUGGGGUCUCGGUGGGGUAGCUGCUGUAGUGCGUUCUCGUUUUGUGGGAACAACGAGACAUAUUGUGGAGUUGGAUGUCAGAAACAGUAUGGUAUAUGUUUAGGCAGCCCGGUUCAGAUUGCUGGUUCUCUCUCCGAAGCCGAACAGAGUGCUUUAACGUUUCUAAACAAGAUGCAGACCGGAGCAAUCAUCGGAACUGUGGUCUGGGUCUUGGUCCUUCUUCUUGUAGCAGCGAGUUAUUCGCAUUACCGAGGAUUUGCAGCUAUGGCUACGGCAGUGCCAACGUUGAAGGCUUGUUGUGUGGUGCUGAGUCUCGGGAGAUUCAUCGCUGGGUUGAUGCUUUGGGAUGCAGCGUUGAGACUAGAUGGAGAGGGGUUUUGCGUGGCGGAGAAGACGAUGGUGGGGAUUACAGUGAUUUGGGCAUUUGUUCCCCUGGCGGAUCAUUGUUGGAGAGCAAUGUUGUAA